AUGGUGCGCGUGCUACUCACAGGGGGCAAUGGCUUCAUCGCUAGCCAUGUGCUAGAUACCCUUCUCAGUAUCCCAGUCAACACGGUCACCAUCACGGUUCGAACAAAAGCCAAAGGUGACCAGGUGCUCGAGAGAUACGACGCGCCAACUCGUGGCAGGCUGUCCGUCGAAGUCGUCGCGGACUUCACGGCCCCCGGCGCGUUCGACGAAUGCCUUCAAUCUGCCGCAUUCGACGCCAUCCUCCAUGUUGCGUCACCCUUCUACUACUCCGCGACAGAUAUUGCAGGCGAACUUCUGGAUCCUUCCAUCGUGGGAACCACAGCCCUUCUAGACGCAGCAAGCCGGCACCCUUCUAUCAAAACCGUGGUCAUCACAUCUUCAUUUGCCGCUAUUCUAAACAGCCACAGUGGGAACGAUAUUCCAGAGCAUACAUACACCGAAAGAGACUGGAAUCCGCUCACCAAAGAAGAGGCCUUUCAAAACACACUCAACGGCUACCGAGCCAGCAAGCUGUUCGCGGAAAAGGCCGCAUGGGAAUUUGUAGACUCUCAGAAGCCUUCCUUCUCGCUGGUGACGAUAUGUCCGACACUAUGCUUCGGGCCGGUGAUUCAGCCGCUCUCCAGUCUCGACAGCAUCAACACGUCGAGUCAACGCAUUUACAGUUUUAUCUCAGGUGCAUUCAAGACCCAGAUCCCGGAUACGGGCACCUCUUUCUUCCUAUGGAUAGACGUGCGGGAUCUGGCGUUGGCGCACGUAAGGGCAAUGGAGUCGCAGCUUGCCGCCCCCCGAAACCGACGAUACCUUUUGACGGAGGGGUACUUCACCAACAAAGAUAUUUGCUCAAUCAUCAGCAAUCAGUUCCCAGAAUAUCGAUCCGUCCUACCGAGCUGCGAGGGAAAUGCCGGUGGUUUCCCAAACGGCGGCGUGUAUAAGUUUGACAACAAAAAGGCAACUGAAGAACUCGGUUUGAGCUAUAGAAAGCUAGAAGACAGCGUUGUGGAUACUGUGAGGUCAUUGAAAGCCCUUCAGGACCGGAUCAAUUGA